AUGAAAAGAUUCUUUCUACCGUCUUUCCCUGUUCGAAGAAUAUAUAGAAUUAAUAUACCCACCGGUAUAAUCUUUAAGCAAAGGCCUUUAGUUCUUCAGAGUCGUGGCGCAAUAAGUCACUAUUCAACACAAAGGCAUAACGACAAAGCCAAGGAAAGUGAUGAAAGCUACUCCGCUACUUCCACCCCUCUAGAAACACCUUGGUAUCUAAAAAUUGUUAGUGAUGAAAAAGCAUCGAUAGAAAGUAAAAAAAAUGCAGACGAUCCAGCCCAAAAGAUGGUCGAAAUACCAGAUGACUCCCCACACUCACUAAAACAAAUUACAGAUUUUUUAUCCAGUAAACUAGGUUUGACUGAUUUUCUGGUUUUUGAUUUACGAAACAAUGACCCAAAUCAUAUCUCUGCCGUUAAUAAAUUGGGAAACUUCAUGCUCAUAUGCACAGCAAGAUCUACCAAACAUUGUCAUAAGAGUUUCUUAGAACUGAACAAGUUUUUAAAGCGGGAAUUAUCUAGUAAUGCUUACGUUGAAGGGAACUUUAAUGAACGACAAGAAAGCAGAAGGAAAAGAAGGCUGGCAAGGAAAUCAAACCUGAGUAAAUUGUGGGGUAGAAGCUCCGAAGGCUCCCCGAAAGAUGUAAAUAGUGAGGCGUGGUAUAUGAUUGACUGCCACGUUGACGGUGUCUUCGUCAACAUUCUGACACAGAAAAGACGUGAUGAACUAAACUUGGAAGAGUUAUAUGCACCUGAAGACGAGAAAUGCAAGUUUCGAAAAAAAGAACAAAAUGACGUUUCCUUUAACUCGAGGAAGGACGAAAGUUUAGAAGACAACAAUAUACUUUCAGGAUUGAGAAGGCUAGCCCAGCAAAGAAGAGGUUAUUCAACUUGUAGUUCAAGCGAAUGGCAUGACUUACGGAAAUCCCUACAGAAGCAAGAUUUCCAAGAGGCCACUAAGAUAAUCAGCGGCAUUCGUGCCAACGAAAAGCAUAACAUACGCAUUUUAUUGUUCGUUAAAGAUUGUUUUAAAGAUGCCUUAGCCCAAGAGAGGGAUGUAGAUGUUACUCAAUGGAAAUCACUAUUUGAUGUUCAUUCCACUUUGCCAACCGUAAAUCAAGCGGCCUUAUACUGGCCAAUACGGUUGAAUUUUGCCAUACUUUUAAACAAAGCAAAUCCACAAAUUUAUUCUGAUCGUGUAUUUCUCAAAGACUAUCUACUUCUGAAGAAAUCACUAGGGCAGGAAUUAACUAGGAACGAUCUUAUUGCCCUUUUAAAAAUAGUUUUAAAAACCAAGCAUUCGAAUCACUCAUAUUUUAAUCUUGUAAAGCAGAAUAGGGUGCUAAUGAGAGGGUUGGCCUUAUUUAAAGGAGUAAAAUCAGAGACAGAUACUUCUGUUGUGUAUGAUGAACAAGUAGUUUCUCUUCUUUUGGAUACUAUGGUAACAGAUGAACAAGUGAAACUAAGAUCCUUUUAUGAGGCGAUAGAUCACAUUUGUCAGACUUAUGGAGACAAUUUAACAACUAGCAUGAUUGUUUCAAUAUUACAGGCGCUAGCUAAAACCAAGGAUUGGAUAAAAAUACUUCAAGUUUGGGAGGCUAAGAUACCCGUUGCCGUGAACGGUCGGGAUACAAGGCCGUGGAAUGAAUUUAUAAAUAUUCUUAUUCAAAGUGGCGACAGUCAUGUUAUAUCAAAGAUCGUGAAUGAUGGUCAUCUACUGUGGAUAAGACKCCUCAAGGUUGAAAUAACUCCGGAAUUGCGUAAUUCUAUUAAGGAGUUAUUAAAGACUGCUGGAUUGGAGAAUUCUUCGUUAGAAGAAUAUUUAAUCCGUGAAACAACGCACUAA